UAGAGGUCGCGGGAGAGGGGAGGCAGGAGGCGGGGGUGGGUCGUGCAUAUAGACACCCAUCUGAUCCCUUCCGACAUUUGUGCUCUCUCUCUCUCUCCUCUCAAGAAGAUCGAUCAAAAGGAGAGAGAAGAAGAAGAAGUAUAUGAACUCACAUACAUACAUGCAGUGCCCCCAGCAAGAGCUAGCAGAACAAAUUUAAAGCCUUCUUUAACUCUCUUUUACCAAACUCCAUUCUUCUUCUUAACAUUAAAUCCCCUUUUCACUUUCACUACUUUAAUUUCCGAUCCACUUCCAUCAGUUUUCAUACCUAAGCUACAUAACAUACCAUCCCCUUCUUUUCUAUCUGCAUUCAUAUUUACAUCCAUCAUUUACUCUCUUGUGUGUGUGCGCGUGCGCGUGCGUGUGCGUUUCUCUCUUUUAGUUACUAGGCUACUAGCUUCAUCAUCAAGUAUUGUCCAAUAUGAUGAACAGUUUUGACCCCUCCUUGAAACGGAGAUGGCAAGAAAGUAGUGGUAGAAGACAGAUCGUGAUCGGUGCUGCACCUUCCAAUAAUAGUACUAAUCCUUCUUCUUCUUUGCCUUUCUAUGGCAAAUUGCAAGGCUUCCCUGGCCUCGAAGACGACGAUCUAGUUUCCACAGUAGUGCCUGCAGUCACGGUGGUUCUCGAAGGCCGUUCGAUCUGCCACCGCAUCAGCCUCCAUAACCACGGCAGCUACCAGAGCCUAGCAAAGGCACUUAGACAGAUGUUUGUGGACGGUGCAGAUUCAUCAGGAACAGGAGCAAACUCUGACUAUGAUGUGUCAAACGCCAUUCCCGGUCACCUUAUUGCUUAUGAAGAUAUCGAGAACGAUCUUCUUCUUGCCGGUGACCUUUCUUGGAAGGAUUUUGUACGUGUGGCGAAGAGAAUCCGGAUUGUUCCAGCGAAGGGAAACUCAAGGUCAAGGAAAGGUACAAGAGAGGAAUGAGUUAUGAGUAUAGUAUGGAUUAGUAAUAUCUUAGCUGCUAGCUAGCUACUUCAUCAGUUGGUUGUUGUUGCUUAUUAAUUUGGUAAUGAUUUGAAUAUGUUGUGUGCAUGUAGAAGUAAAGAUAGUAGAGAAAUUAGUACUCAAAUAAAUUGGACGGUGGAGGCUAGAAAGAAAAUAUGUGUGUUGAUGAUGCAUAGGGGAAUGAGUCCAUACAUACAAAAAUUCUGGUUCAGUGUGUGCUGGCUAUAUAUAUUUGUAUGAAUAAAAGGGUAUUUAAUUAUUCCCAGUUUGAAUGAAGCUCUUAGCUUGCAUCUUGCUCACGUUUGA